AUGAAAGAAAAUUCGACAAAGACUUCUUACUAUACUUUCACCGAAAAACAACGUGCGGAAUCUGCUUCAAAACAGGACAUCCUAAUUCAUAUUGCCAAAUACUGUCAGCAACCCAUUAGAAAAAAUGACCAUUUCAUAUUAAAUGACUUUGAAGUAAUCAACCUCGAUAAUGUAAAGAAAUAUUAUAAAGAAAUAUUACUUUGCAAAACAUAUUACCAUACCCAAUUCGAAGAAUUAGAAAUUAAUGAUCCAAAAGCAGAAGAAUAUUACAAAAAAGAAGGAAUUAAUAAACUAACCGAAUGCAACUUCUGUUGCAAACCAAUUAGAAAAAGACAAGGCUACAAACUCUGGAACACAGGACAAUAUAUGUGUUGUCUAGAAGAAAUGAUAGCAUUCAUGGUCUAUGCAGAAAUAACUGACAGACCAACAUACCACACUCACCAAAGAAUCUACCAUAGAACAAGAUAUGGUGUAUAUGCAAGUAAAAGUAUCAAUGAAUCAAAAAUUUAUAGCCUAAUUGCCUUAAUUAAAGAAGAAAAAACUUUACUCGAUAAGAAAGGAAUUCUUAAACAAUAUAAUCACAAAACAAUACUUUUACAAGAAAAAAAAAAUGAACCAAUCACUGACCAAGAUAUAAUCUUGGAACCUGAAGAAAUUAAUAAUAAAGAACAAGAUCAAGUCAUAGCAGAUAUUGCUACUCAAAAUCUAGACUAUGAUUAUAAACCCAAAGAACUAGAUGCCAAGAAAUGA